AUGUUGUGGCAUUCCGGAGAAGGAGAAGGAAUUUCAUAUAUGGUUUCAUGUGUUUUCCAUGAUUGUCAAAGUGCGCUGAGGAACUACACCAUCAUCAAGGAGCUGGGCGAAGGGAAGUUCGGCCAGGUGAAGGAAGUGCUUCGCACCGGGACCAAGCAGCGUUUUGCGUGGAAGCAAGUCACAUCGGAGAAGGAUCCCUACUACAAAGUGGAACUGGAGAUCCUCGGCAACCUGGAGCACGAGGGCAUUAUCGGCGUUGUUGAGGCCUACACCCAGGAAGGUGUGGUCGACAUGGUGCUGGAGCUUUGCAAGAUCAGCCUGCAGGGCGGCAAGAAGCAAUACGUGCGCCCCUCAUCAUGGGACAUUGCUUCGACCAUGCUUCAGAUCUUUAGCGCAGUGGCCUUCCUUCACGAGAGCCAGGUUGCACAUCGUGACAUCAAGCCAGACAAUGUACUGUUGUCUACGGGCGAACGUUGGAAAUUGGCGGAUUUCGGCCUGGCGUCGCGUUUCAAGAGCGGAAGCUACAUGGAGGAAGUGGUGGGCACUCAACCCUUCAAAGCGCCUGAGGUGGAGAAAGGGUACUAUACCGAGAAAUGCGACGUCUAUAGCACAGGAGUGCUCUUUAUCGCGUUGGCCACGGGCAAAGAAUGGUGGCGGCCCGAGAGUGUCUCGGAGACGACGAAACCGUGUCCUCGACCGACGACGUGUCGAGGACGUGUCAAGCGAGGGAUGAAGCGAGUUUUCCGACACGUUUCUCCGGGACACGGGUGCCGACACGUUGGGAGCGAGCGACACGUUUCUCCGGCCUGCCGACAUCAAAUGAAGAUCGGGUGGGAGUGA